GGAGUCUAUUCACUGAAUGUAAAGGGCAAACCGCGGCGACAUCCCCAGCUAGAAGGGUUGAGCUCUCCCUGCAUGAUGUAUAGUUCAACAGUUCCUUAGUCUGCGCUGAUUGGUGUGAAGAUCGGGACGAGGGUUCAAAUCCUACCCACGAUGGGGGCCGCUGCCAGCUGCAGGAAGGGAAACCGGGGGCAGAAGAUGAAGCCAAAGAGCUCCGGUGCUGCCAUUUCCCCCCAUAGCUGCCUGAACAUUAACGAGGCCACCGAGGAAGAGCUAAUGACCCUUCCUGGCAUUAACCGGACCUUGGCACAAAGCAUCACGGCACACCGGCAGAAGAUCGGUGGAUUUCGCAGAGUGGAGGACCUGGCUCUGGUAACCGGGGUGGGAGCAGAAGGAAUGCUGGAUCUGCAGCCAGAAAUAUGUGUGGAAAAGGCGAUAGAGAGCAACCCUUCAGGAACAGUAUCUGAUGCAGCGAGCGCCACGGAUGGAGAAUGCAACCCCGUCCAGGGAUCAUUUACAAAUGGACGCGUAAUCUCAUAAAAUGUAAACGUCUGCUGCUGGCCCCGGGAGGGAGAGAGAAAGACAAUGGGAGUGAGUGUGAGCGAGAGAGAGAGCGUUCCACCAGAAAUGCUUCCAUAUAAUAAUCAUUUUUUUAUGCCAGACACAAAAAUGUGAAUUUUUUUUAUGUAGAAAUAAAUUAGAAAAGGUUUCGCUUCAUUGUGUAAAGAAUGAUUGUCACUUACGUAGAACACGAGACAUCAGGUGGUCUUUGGAAAAGAUUUUACCCUUUAGAACUUUUAGAUGAGGAUAUGGGGACGGCUAUCAAACACAGAAGAAACAAUGCCAUGUAUCAAAGUAUUUCUGUAUUUUUUAUGAAGAGAAA